AUGUCCGACGACCGGAAACGAAUCCGUGUGGCGUGUGACACGUGUCGCCGAAAGAAAAUCAAAUGUGACGGCAAAGUCCCGUGCCUGAAUUGCCGAACCGCCAACGAACAGGUGUGCCAUUAUGCUGAGAGACAGAUUAAGAGACAGAGAACCAUGAACAAGGAUCCGAAGAUGCUGCUCAGUGCCCGGAUGGAGCGGCUUGAGGAGAUCAUCUUGGAUCUCAGUGAACGACUCGGUGGUCUGGCCGAAGUACGGAGGCUACGGGAUCUGGACGCUUCGGGAUCCGAUUCCGAAGUAGAGUAUACCAGAACACCCAGUGCCAGUGUGGAAGCCACAGGCAAGCGGGAUGGACGUGGUGCCUUGCCAUUGAAGAAUUUGACGCUUUUCUUUGGCGCCCACUCUUUUGCCAACAUAGUGUCCCUGAGUCUGAUCCAAUGGAUGGAACAGCAGGUGGGUGACGAACAAAAGGACGUGAUCAAGCCAUUGACCAACAUGCCGCAUAUGUUCCAAUGUAAGGCGUGGUCGUUUUACCUCAAGUGGCUUGAUCCGCCUGCUUUGAAGCCCGAGGAGAAGCUGAAGCUCAUGACCAGACCUUUUCCGGAUAAUCCGACCCUUGUCUUUGGCAUUUUGGAUAUGUUCAUGACGCCAAUUCUCCGUAUGGAAGGUGUGGGCGAUAUCAAGCGUAUCAGAGCCAUGUUUGAGCGGUACUACAACAGCAGGCACCGCUUUUCUACAGCAGAGCUCUUGAUGAUGACGGUGUCCUUGGCGUUCCUGAUUUUCAUGCGUUUUGAAACAAAUAUUGGACCACAGGAACGUGUCAAUGACGGCACCGAGUGGUCCGACAAGAGUCUACGGGACCUAGAAGAUAGCCUCAUGACCAAUGCUGUAUACUACUACAAUCGGCUCAGUGUCGUUGGUGGAGGAAUUGAUACAAUUGAGGCAAUUCUCCUUUUCACAGGCUACCUUGAAUGCCACUGGUUUUCUCCAGAGGUCAACUACAUGCUUCUAGGGCCGGCUAUUCGUUAUGCUCAGGAUAUGGGUCUUCAUCGGAUAGAGAGCUACGAAGAUUUGGAUUUGGACACUGCCUCUCACAGAAAGCGUAUAUGGUGGGUUUGCUGCUAUAUGGAUAUGGAGGUGUGUUUCAGAAAUGGCAAGUCUCCCAUCAUCAACAGAGCAGAUGUCAGCCCAGAGCUUUUGGACAUUAAUGUCACUGAGAUCACCACUUCCGAGACACCUCUCAUUUGCUCGCUUCACAACUAUUUUUCAGACGUCUUGCUGAUCAGAUCACGAAGCUACGAGUUGCUCUUCUCUGCUACUGCAAAUGUAAGAAACUUUGCCCUGUUGCUGAGAAACUUGGAUUCAUUGAACGCACAGCUACAUGCUGCUGCCAACAGGCUCCCACAUGUCAUGAAACCGGUCUUCUUCAACGACUCAGCCUUCCAUAUCUUCAACCAUAAAGAUAAGGUUGAGAAUGAAAUCAGCUGGGCCGUCAGACUUACCUACUUCUACCAUGUCAUGCUCAUCAACAGACUCCCUCUGAUGUUCACUUUCGAAGAUGAAGACGAGGACAGGAAAGCGUAUUACAGGAAUCUCUCGCUUAAUAGCGCCAGGACCAUGACGCAUCUUUUGAAGAGCAGUGAAAGUGCAAAUCUUAGCAAUUCCUUCUUUGAGUGGGUACUCUUCUUUCCCUCCAGUGCCUUUUUGCAUCUUUCAACCACUGUCAUGAAGAAUCCACAAGCCCCUGAUGCUUACAGUGACUUGAUACUACUCAUGGAGACGUCAAUGGACUUUUUGAACCGCCGAGGAAUUGAUAUUUCUGGUGAUCUUAUGAGCAAAUUCCAGCGAUACUCAUUUACGCUGGUGAUAUUCAAGAUUCUUCUACGCAUUGUCAUUACAAUCUUCGAGCGUAAGACGGGAAUUAGUGUGCUUGCCGGGAACACGCCUCUUAAUGCACACCUCGAAUCGGCAAAAGACAUGUUUCCAGAGUUGUUUGGCUCAGUAGAAGAUUUCCGCCUGUCGGUUAGUUCUACUAUUCCACGGGUCACAGGCCACUCGCCUUUUGUCGAUGAGCCAAAGAAGUCACCCGCCUCUUCAGUAUCGUCUUUCAACAGCGGCAAAAGGCUGCUACUUCAUCCAGACAUGCCACUGCGUCUGAUGGAAGGCAAUAUAUCCCUUAGUCCAUUUCCGAACCCUAGCCACUUUGCUCACGAGGAUAUCGACAUGCUUAUUAGAGCACAGAUGAGGGAACUACCAAACGUAUUUUUUGAUACUCCAUAA